UAAUGGUGGGGGUGACCUAGUUUUACGUCAGUUACAACUAGAGACUUAGAUGACAAGUUUUGAAGACCGUAGGAACAUCGUUAAUUUGGAAUGUAAGCUCUCAAAUUUUGUUGUCCAAAUCCGAUCAGUGUUUCGCUUGACAACAGUUCUCGAUUUCCAUACGGGGAAUAGUUGCUGUCUGAAGCCAAAAUGUAUCUUCCAAGCCAAAACGAGUUCGAAAUCAUCAAUCAUAUUCUCCUUAGAAUCCUGUCAAUGAACCUGUUCACUGAGUCAAACUUGAUAAGGCCAAUUGGGGUAUCAUUGAUUUGAAUAAGAAUGGCCGCCGUCAAAGAGUGAGUUAAACGAAUGAAUGUAUGAACCUACCACUUCAUAUUGCUACAGCAAAGGCCGGAUACAUCUGCAUUUUAAUUUUACAAUAUUAAUAUUUUACACUAUUGAAGCUAUAUUUGAUGAGGUAAGGCUCGAGCGAAUUCAAUUGUUCCACCUUUUCAUUUUCAGUGAAUGACUUCGAUAUGUCCUUUAUUACACGAUAAUGUAAUUUUCACGAUACAUAUUAAAUUUCAUUUCGUACUGGCAAUUUUUAGCCUAAUUUCUGUCCAUGCAGUUGCAUGAUUUAUUCUACCUAAAGAUAGGAAAGAACAAGACAAUAAACCAGUUUUAGUCAACGAUAUCUGAUACUUUGGGAACAUACUAUUAUGAAAAGAUAUAAGGGUUAUACGAUUCUUAAUGUUAUAUCGAAUUUGGUCAAGUAAAAUCUUAACCGCCAUGCAGUUAGUUGCAGAAGACUUCAAUUGACUUAUUUAAUUCAUUUUUGUCGAGCGUGAGAAAUCUUUCCGCUUCACAGCCGGCGCCUCAAGCGUUCGCUCAACUUAGUGAAAUGCUUCCGACUUCUUCAAAUAAGGAUCUUCUUUCGAUGUUGAUGUAUCAAGCGUCCCUUUAGUCACUACAGAGUGCAUGAUCCCUAAAAAGUUAUGUUGUUCCAUAAGAAAAUAAUAAAUUAUAAUAUUAUAAAUGAUAAUCAAAACAAAGACAAGAAAAUCCCGGGGAAAACGCGCGUGAGGGGAAGUUUCUGCUCUUACAAUGCCUUUUCAAGUGAUGUGAUUGACAGAAUGGUAAAUCCUAAUGGAUGCUUUCCGCUCCGGAUAUUUCAUAGCGACUAAGAUGGCACCUAAAACACAAUUGACUCCACUCAGUAAAAUAUGUCCAUUUUAUGUCGCACAAAUUUAAAUUGAACUUUAUUCUUUGUCUUCACUUCACCAAUGCGUUAUCCUUGAAAAAGUAAAGUACGAGUGACCGUAGUGAGGAAAUAAUCUCAAGUUCAUUAUUUGCCAAGGAUGGGAUUUGUAUUUAUGCAAUGCGCAUGUUCUUAACUUUAAUUUCUAAUUCGCUAAUUUCUCCUUUCGCAGAUUGCCGCUUAGAAAGCGUUUCCUUUUAAUAUAACUUUCCAUUCGCCUUGACAUUAAUUGAUAAAAGUCACGUAUCAGCUAUUUCCAAAAAUAGACGAAUCUGCUCACCCAAAUAAUUUAAAACGCAGAACGGAGUCCACGGAUUUUUCAUCUUCCAAGCAAUGGAAGCGUUUAGUGUGCGUAACUCAAGCUGCGAAGUCAAUGAUUCACGAAAUGAAUCUUCUGAAACUGAAUAUGAAGAAACUUUUUUCCCUUGGCCACUGACUGUGAUAUUGUCCUUCAUGUGCCUGCUGAUUAGUGCGGUAAAUGGUUUGGUGAUCAUCUUAAUUCACAAAAAGAAGACGCUGAGAACACCUACUAACAUGUUUCUUGCUUCUUUGGCCACGUCUGAUUUGUUAUCUGGUCUGGUGGGAAUUCCUCUCGCUCUUAUAUGUUUAACAAGAGAUUUUCUCAUUGUUUGUGUGCUGUCUACAAUCUUCAUUCGAUUUACAGCCAUUUCUUCGGUAUGUAAUGUUCUGCUUAUCGCUUGUGACCAUUACAUUUUCAUUAUUCAUCAAAUGAGGUAUCAUUCUCUUGUAUCAAAUCGCAGAGGAAUUGCUGCCAUUGUGGCUGUAUGGCUGAUUGCAUUUGGAGCCUCAACUAUUCAAAUGUCUUGGCACAGUUUUGAUGAGGAAACAUUGACAACAAUUGACGACGAAACAGAAAGCAUUGAUAUCAAAUACAGUCUGGCUUGUAUAGCGUUUUUCUUUGCAUUUCCUCUGAUACUGAUGUGCUAUAUCUAUGGAAACAUAUUUUAUAUUUCAUUUAUGCGUCAUCAAACAGAUCGCAAAUUGAAUAAGGAUCUCCGGCAGCGUUUUCGACCACAACGUCACGAGUGGCGAGGACGUAGUGUUUUAUUAAUAACAUUAAUAAUCUUCGCUGGCUGUUGGUCGCCGUACUUCCUAACAGUGCUUGAUGAACAUACGGAAUCAAUCGAUUUUCAACUGCCACUAUGGGUGCAGCGCCUGCUUGUGUUUCUCAACUUCGUGCCUGCCAUGUUGAAUCCCAUCCUGUGUACAUUGGCCAAAAAGGAUUUUCGAAAAGCAUUGAAAGAAGUUGUUUUGCGAAGAGAAUCUUCAUAUCUAAGUGAUGCAAACGUCAAUGUUCACGCUGCCAGCCAGCGAAUAGCUAAAAAGCAUGGGUAAAUGCAGAGUGCCAUAUGUUCUGUCGAGAGGCUUAACGUUUUGUGUAUGACGAAAACCAUGGAGUGCUUAGAGGGUGCAAUUCUUUAACUAGAUAAAGAUUCAAUCACGUGCAGCAGCAGAGAAACUUCAAUGAGGUGAAAAAACAGCUUUACAGACAAGUAUGGCGUUUGAUCAUUUUGGCUUUGGUCCCACAUAGUAAUCCAAAGGCGAACUAUCCCUUUAAUAAAUCUUGGCCUAUGAAAAGGAUUUUGUACCAUACUCCAAUACAAAGAAUUCGCUUCAAGAGAAAAAUCGCAUUCGUAAAUAUAAUGACACUGCUUCGCUUAGUUUGAAUAAUUACUUGUCAUUUUCGCCAUAAGAAUCUUAAUCAAAACCGCAGUAGUGUUGCCACAUGGCUUUCUUAUUCGCGGCUUUUAAAAACCUUUGAAGUGAAAAAAACCCAAGCACUCCAUUAAGUCAGUAUUUCGUCUUCUAAGAUGAAAAAUCAGUGAUUAUGAAGACGAGAAUACUUGGACAAUGACUUUUCUCUAAUAUCAAAAAGUUAGAAAGCUAUCAAUAUACUAUUUACAGGGUUGUGCUCUGUUCCUCUCUCUCUAAAAAAAAAAAGGACAUUACAUAGAAUUUUGAAUAGUGAGCAAAAAAGGGCAUACUCAAAUUUUAAACAAGAGAACCUGGAAAGAGAAUAAGGAAUGAAACAUUAUUAUCAUUUCAGGAAAUGAGUCAUCUUAUUUUACAAAUAGAUUGAAUUUUUCACAGGGUAAGUGGAAACAUUAUCUUUGUUAUUCACUUUAAUUGAAACUAUCGUGAGAUUUCCUCAGCCGGACCGGCUGAUUAAUUUAGGCCUGACAAUGACACAAACAGAAGGCGUAUAAGUCUUUGUUGUAUCUCAGAGCCAUUGUCGGUAAAGUAUACCUAUUUGGACAGGUGCGUUAACCUUUCGUUAGACUACUGAUGAAAUACGUUGAAUUGUAACAUUGGUAUGAAAGGCAAAGGCGUGGUUAUGGCUCGGGUGGAUGAAAUGAGUGUUUGAAUUUGUAGAGUGUGCUUCAAUACAAUUGUAUGAGUGUAAGAAAGAAUAAGAAAAAAGGGAAAAAAGCUUUUUCAAUUUCAAUGUAUUCUAUAGAUUUUCAUAGUAGUCUUUGAAGUAAUCAAUUACAUCACUUUUAGAAAAAUUAUUCUUGACGUCUAUGAAUCGCGGUGAAUCAAAGACGUCAAGAGCAAUUUUUUGAAAAGCGCAGUGUUUGAUUUCAUCAAAUAUUACUCUAAAAUCCAGAGAGUGCAAUGAAAUAGAGACGAUUUGCCAUUUAGACUUAUGAAGAAGACAUUAGCCUACAUCCGGUCCUCUCUCUUCUCGAAAAUGGCCACAACAUGACACACUUUGUAUCUCAUAAGGGAAGCUUUUUUCAAUAUUUAAAGGCUAAGACAUUUCCCGUGACGGAUGUUUGUUUAGAAAAAGAUGAGGUAAAAAAAUGUUGACACUAAAAGAAGGGUAUCCCAUGGGCUUCCAUAACACAAAGCAGCUUCAAUACGUGAAUAAUAAAUGAAUAAUUUUAUAUUUGAUUUGCUAAGAGUUAGGAGUGAAGAGAAAUCGAAAAAUACAAAGAUAUAAAAAGGCACCUGUCAUCUACCAUUGAUGCUUGGAGAUAAAACAAAAUAUUCGUUAGGCCUUAAUAUAAAUAGUGUU